AACUGCUGCAAUUAUUGGUUGAGACUCUGAGCGCCGCUGUUCACCAAUCAGGGAGAGAAAUGCGCCGAGAGAUCCAGCCAGCCCAGCGCCGCCCCGCACAGCUCGGAGCACAGAGAGCUCAGACUUUCACUUGCUCAGGACUGACUCUCGGUGCAGGCUAUUCGCUGAAACCGGCAGAUGGGUUAACACCUGAUACUGUCAAAAGCGAUCGGCCCGAGAUCAUCUUCAAGCAGCGCUCGGAGGCGGAGAGGCAGUGGAUCCUCCAUGUCGCCAUGGCCAGUUCCGGAGCACAAGGGCUGCGGCGCUGCGCAGGGCGAGCCGUGCUGUGCUGCGUAGUGCUGACCGUGUGCGGGGCCGCUGCGGCCGGGCAGAUUCGCUACUCGAUCCCCGAGGAAAUGCAGAAAGGCUCUUUCGUGGGGAACAUCGCGCAGGACCUGGGGCUGGAGGCCAAGGCGCUGUCGGAGCGCGGCGUGCGUGUGAUUUCCAGAGGUAGGACGCAGUAUUUCGAUUUGAACGUAAAGAGCGGCCAUUUAAUCACGGCGGAGCGGCUAGACAGGGAGCAGCUGUGCGGCCGGGCUGAGAAAUGUCUGCUGAACUGCGAGGUUAUAGUGGAGCAUGACAUGAAGAUGUAUGGAGUGGAAGUCGAAAUCGUAGAUAUAAACGACAACGCUCCCAGCUUUCAAACAGGGGAAAUGGAACUAAAAGUCAGUGAGACAACAGCCCCAGGAUCCCGGUUCCCAUUGCGCAAUGCGCAGGAUCCUGAUUUGGGAAUCAAUUCUCUCCAGAUUUACCAGCUAAACAGUAAAGAGCUCUUCUCGCUCAAUGUCCAAACAGGAUCGGACGGAAUUAAAUAUGCUGAACUAGUGCUGGAAAAGAACUUGGACCGGGAAGAGCAGGCUGCUCACGACCUCAUCCUCACCGCCACUGACGGCGGAGAUCCGGUCCGCUCCGGCACGGCGCGGAUCCACGUGGUGGUGCUCGAUGCCAAUGACAACGCGCCCGUGUUCAGCCAGCCGCUCUACCGCGUGAGCGUGCGGGAGAACGUGCCCGUCGGGACCACGGUGGCUACAGUGAAAGCCACGGAUCUGGACGAAGGUGUUAACGGAGAGGUUAUAUACACUUUCCAGAAGAUCACAGAGCAGGCGUCCCGAAUAUUUCAUCUGGAUUCCGGGACUGGAGAUAUAAAAACUGCAGAAAAAGUAGACUUCGAGGAGGCCUCAUUCUAUGAAAUGGAGGUGCAAGCGCACGACGGCGGAACCCUCUUCGACACAUCGAAGGUCGUGAUCUCUGUCAGCGACGUGAACGACAACGUCCCCGAGAUCAGGAUCACCUCCCUGCUCAGCUCCGUCCCCGAGGACUCCCCGCCGGGAACCGUGAUCGCCCUCUUGAUCGUGCAGGACCAGGACGCCGGAGAGAACGGCGCCGUCACAUGCACCAUCCCGGACCACGUCCCCUUCCGGCUGCAGAAAUCCGUGGACAACUACUACAGCCUGGUGACGGCCAGGGACCUGGACCGGGAGCAGGUGGCGGAUUACAACGUGACGGUCACGGCCCGGGACCGCGGGGCGCCGCCGCUGUGGUCCGCCACGACGAUCGCCGUGCAGGUGUCGGACGUGAACGACAACGCGCCGGCCUUCAGCCAGGCGGCCUACAGCGUGUGGGUGAGCGAGAACAACGCCCGCGGCGCCUCGGUGUUCUGCGCGCGGGCGGCCGACGCGGACUGGGGCGACAACGCCCGGGUGACGUACUGGCUGGCGGAGGGCGAGCUGCAGGGCGCGCCGCUGUCGUCGUGGCUGUCGGUGCAGGCGGAGAGCGGCGCGGUGCAUGCGCUGCGCGCCCUGGACUACGAGCAGGUGCGCGAGAUCCGCUUCGCCGUGGAGGCGCGGGACGGCGGGUCGCCGCCGCUGCGCAGCAGCGCCUCGGUCACGCUGCUGGUGCUGGACCAGAACGACAACCGGCCCGAGAUCCUGUACCCGGCGGCGCCCCGCGACGGCUCGACGGGCGUGGAGCUGGCGCCGCGCUCGGCCGAGCCGGGCUACCUGGUGACCAAGGUGGUGGCGGUGGACGCGGACGCGGGGCAGAACGCCUGGCUGUCGUACGAGCUGCUCAAGGCCAGCGAGCCGGGGCUCUUCGCGCUGGGCGUGCACACGGGCGAGAUCCGCACGGCGCGCGCCCUGGGCGACAGGGACGCGCUCAAGCACCGCCUGGUGGUGGGCGUGCGGGACAACGGGCAGCCGCCGCUGUCGGCCAGCGUCACGCUCACGGUGGCCGUGGCCGACAGCAUCCCCGAGCUGCUGGCCGACCUGGGCAGCCUGGCGGCGCCGGCGGCCGAGGCGCAGGCCAGCCUCACCUUGUACCUGGUGGUGGCCGUGGCCGCCGUGUCGUGCCUCUUCCUCGCCUUCCUCAUCGUGCUGCUGGGCCUGCGGCUGCGCCGCUGGCGGCAGGCGCAGCUGCUGGGCUCGGCCGGCGGCGCCCUGGCCGGGGUGCCCGUCUCGCACUUCGCGGGCAUCGACGGCGUCCGCGCUUUCCUGCACUCCUACUCCCAGGACGUGUCUCUCACGGCCGGCUCCAGGAAGAGCCAGUGGAGCUUCGGCCCGCCCAGCUCUGCCGGCACCCUGGCUCUGGCGCCGGCGGGACAGGGCAAGGAGCCUUCCCUGGUGGUUGAGGAUUUAAAGGUGUGUGAGGCGGACCAGUCCGCGCUGCAGGUGAGCCGACCUUUUUUUGUACUCUGUGUUCAUUACCUGCAAGUGAAUUGAUGUUGCUUCUAUUUC